AUGCCUGAUGAUCAUAACGGGGAAGACUCGAAGACUGCCUUAGAAGAACAUCUCAGGCUGACUAGAGAAGCGAUUUGCGACAAAACUUUCGCUGGAGGAGAUGAACAAACAAGUAAAAGCGAUGGAAAAGAUCGCACAAAAGAUAGAGGAAAAACAUAUCGCCGAGGGGAUUUUCGCUCUGUAGCGAGUAAGAACUUAGAAGCGAAUAAACGCAUCAUCAGUACUCUCAACGACAAGUUAGCGGAGCGUGAGCUAGAUAAUUUCCAGCUGAAGGUUAAAAUAACUAAAUUGUCCUCUGAGCCACAGCGCGCACUUACAAGUUCACAUUUGGGAUGUCAAGCCGCACCUGCGGUAUCAAGCGUUGAGUCUCAGACGGACGAAAUUGAUCUCGAGCAUGCUUUCAUAGCAGCAGGGACCAAGGAGAUCGCAUUGAGAAGGCACGAAGCAUCCGAGAAAGACGACUCGCUUGUUCUGUUAUACGAGGAUGGACCGAACGAAGAGGAACCAGUGAGCGAUGAAGAAUAUUUAGGUCGCUUAAGCGAAGCCGAAGGUAUAGGGGAACCCGAAAAGGAGCUGGAAAAGGAGACUGACGAAGACGAACAAGUACGAAGAAAACAAGAAGAGUGCAGGAUGCUUUUGGACGAGAUCGAUGACCUCGAUCAAAUCAUACAUGUGUACUCGUAUAGGUACUCAUGUACAAGUACUUUGUGCUUUUUGUAA